AGCUGUCACCGUCACAAUCACAUGACGCCACACUCCGCGGCGCGCCCGGCAGUUGUUAGUAGGGUUCCCAUGGUGACGUGUGCCGCCCCUUUAAAAGCCCCCGCCUCACGGGGGCGGGUAUGCGGUUGCUGACGGAAGCCAAGAUGGCGGCGGCCGCUUCCGAGUUGCUGACGGGAUGGUGCCUCUUCGGCUUGGCGUUGCUGGCCAUUCUAAUUUUCUGUUGGGUUUACGUGCGCAAGUAUCAGAGUCGGCGAGAAAGUGAAGUGAUUUCUACCAUAACAGCUAUAUUUGCAUUGGCAGUUGCUCUUAUCUCAUCAGCGCUACUACCAGUGGACAUCUUCUUGGUUUCGUAUAUGAAGAAUCAAAAUGGUACAUUUAAGGACUGGGCUGAUGCUAAUGUUUCAAGACAAAUUGAAGACACUGUACUUUAUGGAUACUACACUUUGUAUUCCAUCAUACUGUUCUGCGUCUUUCUGUGGAUUCCCUUUGUCUAUUUCUAUUAUGAGGAGAAGGAAGAUGAUGACGGCAACACAUGCUCACAGGUUAAAACUGCACUCAAAUAUACUCUGGGAUUCAUCACAAUUUGUGCAGUUCUUCUCUUAAUUGGUGCUUUUGUUCCUUUGGAUAUUCCCAACAAGAAGAAUUCCACAGAGUGGGAGAAAGUGAAGCUCCUGUUUGAAGAAUUUGGAAGCAGUCAUGGCUUGACUGCCCUUUCAUUUUCCAUUAGUUCCUUGACUGUGAUUGGAAUGUUGGCAGCUAUCACUUACACGGCUUAUGGUAUGUCAGCUUUGCCUCUAAAUUUAAUUAAGGGAACUACCAGUGCGGCUUAUGAACGUUUAGAGAACACUGAAGAUAUUGAAGAAGUGGAGCAACACUUAUUAAGGAUUAAAUCAAAGUGCAGAGAUGGUCGGCCUCUGUCAUCAAGAGAUAGACGGACUGUACAACAGCUUGAAGAGAGACUAAGGACGCUUCGAAGAAGAGAAAGGCAUCUGGAGUCUAUUGAGAAAAGCUGGUGGACGAAGUUCUGUGAAGCUAUCCGACCUCUAAAGAUUGUGUGGGGAGUAUUCUUCAUCAUCGUGGCACUGCUCUUCACUGUCUCUCUGUUCUUGUCAAAUUUGGACAAAGCUCUGCAUUCGGCUGGGUUCGAUUCAGGAUUUAUAAUUUUAGGAACUAAUCUGACCAAUCCAUUGAAUAUGUUGUUACCUGUUCUUCAAACAGUUUUUCCACUUGAUUAUAUUCUUAUUACAACUAUUGUUAUGUACUUUAUCUUCACUUCAAUGGCAGGGAUUCGAAAUAUGGGUAUAUGGUUCUUCUGGAUAAGGCUUUAUAAAAUCAGACGAGGAAAAACUCGACCUCAAGCACUCUUGUUUCUCUGUAUGAUACUUCUGUUGAUAGUUCUUCAUACCAGUUACAUGAUCUACAGUCUUGCCCCUCAGUAUGUAAUGUAUGGAAGCCAAAAAUAUUUGGUACAGAGUAAUAAGACAAUUGAUGGCCAGCCAAGGAAUGUGACAUUUGUAUCUAAAGACUGUGAUGCAGAUGCACCUGAAGAUCAGUGUAUUGUUACUCGGACAUACCUUUUUCUUCAUAAAUUUUGGUUCUUCAGUGCUGCCUAUUACUUUGGGAACUGGGCAUUCAUUGCAGUCUUCUUAAUUGGAUUAAUUGUUUCAUGCUGCAAAGGCAAGAAAUCAGUCAUUGAAGGUGAAGUGGAUGAAGACGAUUCAGACAUGAGUGAUGAUGAACUGUCUGUUUAUUAUCACUGAUGGCCUUUUGCCUUCAAGAUGGAAAAAUGUAAUUUAAAGUUAUGUUGAAAGUCACACCCACAAUGUGGAAUUGGUAUCCAAGUAAGCAUCCUUGCACCUGUGAAAAUAAGAAAUAAGGGUACUCACUUAAAGGGGUAAAAAACUGAAUAUCACUUUUUCAGUAUCACUGCUAUUUCAGAACAAAUAUUGAAGCUGGGUUUAAAUAAUAUAUAUAGAAAAUACUGUUUGAUUAAACAUAUAUGUAACUUUCUGAUGUAUAAUUUGAUGAACUGUUGUAACUAUUUCAUAAUUCAUGAUGCUUUUCUGUUAACUUAGGUUUUCUUAAAUACUUUCAUGGCUAACUUGUACGACUUUUUUAUUCAAGCUCAUAAAUAAAACUGGCUAAAAUCCUGCAAAACAGCUGGUGCAAACAUUGCUAGAAAGAUCUGGAUGAGGUUUACUCUUUCAGAAGGAUGUGACUUAACUUUUGUGUUAGUUUUGCUGGCAUUUCUGGGAUUCCCACAUAAAACUAUAGCUAAAAAGAGACUGUCCUUAAAAUAUGCCAAAAACAUACACUUAAGUGGUGAGUUUCCAGUCUGUGAGUAAGUAAUUUUCAUACUGUUAUCCCCACUGAGUUACCAUGGGAAUCCCCAGGUAACUAUGAGGUGGCUUUUACUCUAGCAAAAGAAAUCAUUAGUGUAAAUGACAAUAUUCAGCAUUGUUGCAGUGUUUUAGUACAGUUCAGUUCUGAAACUGCCAGGUGCCUGACUUAGUAAUAACCAAUGGAAUAAUUAAGAUGUGAUUAAUUCUUAACUUAUUUUUCUCUAAUUCAAACUGUAUAGUUUGAAACUUUCUUUCAAUAUUUAAUGUAAAUGUUGUUAACUUGUUUACAAGCCAAUAUGUUUAUAUAAACACAGUUCAUAAAUAUUUUUGUCAUUCAUGUUGUCUUUGUAAAGUAAUGCUAUUUUAGCUAUAUAAUUACUGAGCUAUAUUUCUAGGGCUGGAAAAAAUCUUCAGACAUCCUUUGACAGACCCUGAAAGAGAAAACGUUUACAAGUACGGGUUUUUAAACUUCUGUUGCUACUUGAGGGAAAUUACAGUCCAUGCAAGCACAUGAAAGUGUAACUAGGGUAAUCUUUUUAUAAGACUAAUUAAUAAAUAAUUAUUGAAAUGUAGGGGACAUUGCAUGUUUGCAAACUCAUAAAACUGACAGGUUUCUGUUCAGUUAUUUCAAAACCAGUUUGCCUCUUCCCACAGUAUUUCAGAACAGGAGGCUCUCGAACUUCUGAAUUUUAAUUGUUUCAGUAUUUCAUGAAGUCUUAGGUGACUUGAUUAGUUAAUGGAUGAACACAGGGAACUGGUGUUUGGACUCUUACCUUGAACUCUUAACAAUCCUUCUGUGCCAAUUGCUCCAACAAUAUAUAUGUUUAUGUGGCAACUUGACAGAAUGUCUCAUGUAGCUUGAUCAUAAACUGCAAAUACACAGUCAAGUCUGCUCAACUAAUAGUAAUCAAUGUGUUUGCUACCAAUGAGACACUUGAAAGGACAGAAUUGUAUUCAAACACUGACAGUAGGUACUGAAACUUGACUAGAUGGCCUGAGCUCCCUUUGACUAGAGUUAGCUGAACACUAUUUAAACAUGACUGUUGGGGAAACUUGCAAGGAAUUAUUUAUAAAAAGUUCAAGUAACUCAAACAGAAAGUAGAACCUGAUGUUAACUGUCUGGAAGCUGCAUCCAGAGGAUAUCAAGAAGUUGGAGUAUACUUCUUUGUGGAUGCCCUCGUGGAAGAUUUACAUGAGCUAAUUUAAAGUCAGCUGCUCAGAUGUUCUCAUUUUUUGUGGGUUUUGUUCAUAUUUCAUCUUCAGUUUUAACCAAUGAUAAUUAUCACUUCUCUGGCUGUAUCAUGUACAGAUUGUUAAUCUUUCUGUGUGGAAGAUUGAGCUGUGAUACCCAAUUUUGCAGAGUUGUAACUAUUCUAUCUGAACUUCUGGCUGGGGAGAUUGCUGCUUGUCUGAGGAAGAUUGGAAGGAAGCUGUUGGCUUCAUGCCCCACAGCUGCCUGCAGACUUAGGGGUCACUGGCUGAGAUGCCAGCCAGUUCCUAGGUAUAUUUUUCUAUAGGUCUCCCUUGUUUCCAGGCUCCUCUUCAUUUCCAGCUUCUUCCCAAUCCAGUCCUGUUUCCUGUUUAAAUGGUCUAUAUGCAGAAAUACAAUGACUUGCCUUUGAAUUAGUGGCUGUCUCUUGUCUCUUUACUUGGAAGAUUCAGUAAGUAUUACUUUUUUAAUCCAAGUGUUAACCAGAUUUACAACCAGCCCAUUGCUACUUGCAGCUAGCAAGAAGCAGAAUUCUGCAUGAGAAUUCAAAAGUUGUUUCAGACAUUUGCUGUCACCUUCUGUCAUACAAGCAGUAUAUAACUGUCAGCAUUUAUCAGAAUUAUUCUUCACCUGCCACAUCCUUGGUAAAGUUUCUCAGGAGUUCAGUGAACCAUUUGAAAAGGUUUUAAAAGUUUCUUGUAUGCACUAAUGCAGUUGUAAUGAAUAUACACUCAAAAAUUAAUCUCUAAUCAACACUUCAUGUGAUGGAAACUUGCUAUUUUUAACUGUACUGUGCCUUUAAAAUGAACCAGAGGUGUUUCUGAAGCUUACUGUGUGAUGAAAUCACCACCUGGAUUUGUACAUCCAGUAUCACCCAGUAAAGAAAACUAGCAGUGAGAUUUAAGAUAGCCCUGGCUUAAAAUACUUGGCUUUGAUUAAUACUUGCAGGAACUUUAAGAAACAGAACUUCCAGUAUAUUAUUUCCUAGUUGUCUCUUGUGCUGUCUUCAACAAAAUACAUGCAAGUAAAACAAUGAAUUACUUCUCAACAAAGUUCCAAGCACUGCUACAGCAGGAAUAGUAUGAUUGAAAUAGUUCACUUAGCUGUUAGCUGUGAAAUGGGAGACCAGAGUUUUCUGCAGGUUUUGGACCAAACUUGAAUUUCCCAGUUGUGUUAUGACACAGUAUUCUACCUUGUAAGCAAACAUCUAACAUUCAACUGAUUCUUCAGAGAUAACGAUUUUUCUGGACUAAAGUAAUUUAAGUCAUUAGAAUUGUUUCACUGCUUUGAUUGUAUGAAUGAUAAUCCAAAUCCAUCUCUGUAGUGAGCUGUCAAAACUUCUGAAUAGGUGUAGUGUUAUUGUCAGGCCUGGCUGAAGUUAGAUUUUGUUGUUGUGGUACUUCUCUAAUCAGCUUCUACUGGUUGGAGGCUCAUGAGCAUUUAGAAACUAGUAAGCCUUAAAUCUUGCUGACACAUCAAGCAUAAACCAUGGUCAGCAGGAAUAUGUUUAAUCGAAUUCAGCAGCAACACAUGCCAAAUGGGUCAUCAUCUUGCUGCUUGUUCUAUAGUGAUUGGUAGUUUAUCUGGAGUUAAAGAUCAUAAAUACAAUAAAGCCUUUAAUAGUCUGUUUUAUUUCUUAGCUGAAAGCUGGCAGUAUGCAGCAGAUUUCCUGCUGAUUGUCAGAAAUGAGUGAAAAGCUCUUUCCUAGUAAAGAGCGUGAAGAAACAUCUGUUACUUUUCUGGUUUUCUGCUUUGAUUUCAGGAAAAGACUUCAAGGUGGACUUGAGGUUUUGCACUGAAAACAGUAAUCUGCGUCUGGGUAGAAUGUACUUGUACCAGAGUCAUGCCACAUAGAAUGGUAAUUUUAUGCUCAGAUAAUGUGACAAUUUCAGCUAAAAACUAAUGAACCCUUUCAAUGCUCAUGUUUUGCUUCCGAAUAAUCAGUGUAGACAUAACUCUAUCUUCUACUGCUUAAAAAUUGUUUCUUGGGUUCACAGCUGUUUUAUUUGACUUUCUCAGCACGAGCUCCUGAAUUCGACAGUGGCCUACAACAGCAUUUUGAAAAAUACCACCCUCUUGUAGAAACUGUGGCUUACCCUAACAUACUGGUAACUACUGGUGUGCAUGGUACAGACACAGUUGAAGUGUUUAAGAAAACUGUUUAAGUGUAGAAGAUAACUUGUUUCCGUGUAAGUAAGUAGAUAGUCAACCCAUUAUGACAACACUGAAACAGUUCUGGGUAUGGAUAGGGAAGUAAAGCCCUGCUUGUGAGACUAAGCAAAGGAAAAUGAUUCAUCCCUUUCUAAAAUCAUCUAAAAUAAUUUGAAAUACUGUAACAUUUUUCAGGCUCUUAAGUUGAAUAUUAUAGGUCAUAUUGGUAAUGCAUCUUCUUACAUUAGUGUAGAUAUGUUCUUUUGCAACCUUCUGCAAAGUCAGCUUUCUUGCAGAUAAAGUGAAGAAGUGAAACUGAGAAUCACUGUCUCUUUCCUGUAAAUGUGUAUUUUGACUAUACUUCUCAAAAGAAAUAAAAGCCUUGUUUUAAUUAU